AUGUCUCUCAAUGUUGCAUCGGAUGAAAACACGGUCAAUCCCAAUGAAGGAGCACAAAAAGUAAAGGAACGAAAUAUAGGAAGUGUUUUAAAUCGGAGACGAAGAUAUUUGCAAGAGCAAAAGCAAAAUCAAGAGGAAUCUUUGGAAAAUCAAGAAAAUACAACAUUUCAUAAUACAACCAGUGUAUCGGGAGCAACAAAAAAAGGAUGGCAAGACGAAGAGGAAGCACCCGUUAGUACAGCAACCAAUAAGGAGCAAAAGGGAGGAAGAAGAUUGUUAGGAAUUUUCGGUGGUAAAAACAAUAAUAAUAACAAUGAAAAACCUCAACAGACGGAUAAUUCAUACAUUUUUCAAAAUGUACCUAGGCCACUGGAUGGUGACGAAGAAGUAAAUGCAAUAGAGUCAAUUCCAAGCCUUGAUCAAAGAAUUCCUGCACUGGAUCAAACUAUUGCUGAAGCACCAGAAGAAUAUGCGUCACAAAAGGUUCAGACUCUCCAAGAACUCGAUCAAACAACAAAGGCCACUCUACAUCAUUUUCUUAACAUGAAGUAUGACGACAGAGGGCUAGAUUUAUCAUUACUCACAGGUGCUCUUUCUUAUCCUUUGGACGAGCUAGAACAAGACGAAGAUUGGGGAAACCCCCAAUUUGUCAGAGAUCUGUUAAAUUCCAUCAAAGUAUCAAGAAAUGCCAAAUCCAAUCAGAAGGCGGAGAAAAAUCUUGCAGGCUCAAUUUAA